AUGCAGCAAAUCAGUGAAAAACUAUAUAAUAGUUAUCAAAGACCUUUCAAAUUAUUAUGUUUCGCUAUUAUUGCUCUUUCUUCUUCCUUAGAAGUAUUAAUAGUGAAUUCUGAUUUCUCAAAGAGUGUCAUUCCAAGCUUGGCCUCAGAUAUCAAAUCAAGAAUUUCAGAUACCCUUUCAAUUGAAAUUUCUUAUUGUGACUAUUCUUCACUUGAAAAAGAAAUAUCAAUCCACCCAAAUCUACUUGCAAUAUUCGACAUAACUGGCCGCCUAGGUUCUCAAUUUAAGAUUUCAAAGCUAUGUGAAGACAAUUUUCUAAUACAUUUUAUAGUUUCUGACAGCUUACCAUAUCAGAAUAAAAAAACAUUUUCCCUGUCUAGCUCAAAAAAUAGCUGAAAUAAAGCUAUAACUGCAACUUUAAGUUUUUUCAAUUGAACUAGUGGUGUAGCAGUGGCCAACAUUGAGAAAUAUUCAUAUUCUCAUCUUCUCCUUACUCCCCCCCCCCCCCCUCCGUGAGCGAACAAAACCAUUAGAAAAAUCGCCAUUUUUUGACCAAAAACCCACCCUCCGUGAGUGAACAAAAAUUUUUUUAAUAGAAAAAAUUUUAAUGGAAAAAAAAUUUUGAUAUAUAAGUGAUAAUUAGUAUAAUGAAAUCUAGAGCUAAUUCUGUUUAAUUUUAAACAAAUUGCGUUUUAAAACAUAAAUUUUGCAAAUUAAAUUAAUAUUUGCUUCCCAAUUUUUGCAAAUUAGGAUUUUUUUAAAUUUCGAAAAAAAUAUUUUUUAUAAAUUUAUAUAUAAAAUUUGUUUUAAAAAAAAAAAUUAACCCCCCUCCGUGAGCGAACAAAAAAAAUUUUGUUCGCUCACGGAGGGGGGGGGGAGUUAGCAAUUAUUACUCUGAGAAAAUUAAGCUAUUUUCUGUUAGCUCAGAAACUUUUAUUGACUCCCCCCCCUUUAAAUUGGAAAAAAAUAUAGGUAAAAUUUCCACUUUUAACCCCCCUUUAAAUUGGAACAAAAUUUAAUUUUAUAUUAAUAGAUUUUUACAUAUAAAAUUAUAAUUUUUAUGUAAAAGGUUUUAAUAGAAGUUAAAUGCUUCUUCUUAACUAAAAUUAAAAAUUUAGUAUAUCUUGCUCUUGUUUUAAAGAAGAAAAUAUAAAGAACAUCUUAUUUAAAUAAAUUUAUUAUCCCUAAUUGCUAAGAAGUUAAAUGUUUCUUCUUGACUAAAAUUAAAAUUUAGUAUAUUUUGCUCUUGUUUAAAGAAGAAAAUAUAAAGAACAUCUUAUUUAAAUAAAUUUAUUAUCCCUAAUUGCUAAACUUUAAAAAAAUUUAAAUUUUUUUUUUAAAAAUUUUUCAAAAAAAUUUAUAUUUUUUUUCGAUAAAAAUGAUAUUUUUUAUUUCAAUAAUGUUGAUGUAAAUUCAAUGUGGAUUCUUUACAAACAAUGAAAAUUUACUUAUUUCUUGCUUUAUUUUAAAGAAUAGAGUAUAAAUAGCAUCUUAUUUAAACAAAAAUUAGCAUUUUGAUCAAUAAAUUUUCGAAAAAUAUAUUUUUAAAUUUUUUUUAUUAAUAAUAUAUAAUAAUUUUUGUGUAAAUAGUUUUGAUAUCAAAUUAAUAGUGGCGUAUUAACUAAUAAUGAAAAUUUAGUUAUAUCUUACGUUUUUUAAAGGAUAGAGAGUAAUUAUCGUUAUUUGCAGAUUUUUGAACUUUACCACCUAAGUGUGGAAUUUUUUCCGCGUGUGAAAAGGUGAUUUCACGUGUGGAGCCCUUUUGAUUUCACAUGUGGAAUCCUCUUUUUCACGCGGAAAAAUUCCACACUUAGGUGGUAAAGUUCAAAAUCUGCAAAUAACGAUAACAUUUUAUUUCGAUAAAUUUUUGAAAUUUUUUUUUAUAAAAAUUUUAUAUUGAUUUUUUUUUUAUAAAAAAUUUUCUUAACCCCACUUUAAAUUGGAACAAAAUUUUUUGUUCCAAUUAAAAGGGGGGGAGUGAGAACUUUAUUAAAAGAGAACUUAUGAUUCUGGGAUCGUCCAUGUUUUACUUAUUCACAGACCAAAAGCGUUCCCUUGAUAUUCAACAAGCAUUGAUAUCUGCAAAAUUAUUGACCAACGGCACUGGAAUUUUACUUAUAGGCGAAAGUAGCUAUGACUCAAAAGUUGAAGGAGCUCUAAGUAUUAUUGAAAAAGGCAAAGAAAAUGUGGAUUCCUAUGCAAAAUACUUAUCUGUUGCUAUAUCAGAAACGAUUUUGCUUUUAAAAAAUGCUUCAAAUAUAGAUGAUGCUUUAUUUUUUCUUUCAAAAAAGUGUCUAAACCAUUACUGUAUUAAUGAAUUUUCUCUUAUAAAUAUUCAAGAAAGCCAGCGAAAGGUGGUUGGAUCUAUAAAAAAUGGUGAUCUUGUUUUGAAUUCUUCUAUAAUGUUCCCAGGAGGCUCUUUUGAUGUCCCAACAUCUCAAAAAAAAAUUAUAUACAUCAGUGCAAAUGAUGGAACUACUAAUCCUGGUGCAGCUCCUUCACAAGCAGCCAUUUUUUAUAAAAGAGGACUUACAUUAGCAUUAAAAGAAAUAAAUAAUGGCAUUGAUAUGCUUCAAAAUUUUCAAAUAAAACUUAAUGAUUUCGACUGUGGAGCAAAUGUUUAUAAUCCAACUUUCUGCUAUAACUGUUUUAAUAAAGAUAAAGAUAGAUUGGGAUUAGCUCACAUUGUGGGCUCUAGUUCUGCGAUGGCUUAUGGAGAAAUUGCUACAUUGGAAAAAUUAAAUAUUACUCUUCCUUGUGUGGGAGCUAUAAACUUUGAUCCAGGUCUCUCUAACUCUACUAAAUACCCGCUUUACUCAAGAGUUAGCUUGCCAAGCAGAGUUGCAUUUACACAUAUACCAUUAAUGCUGAAAGUUAUGGGCUGGAAUAGCGUUGCAUUCUUAUAUCAGAAUGAAAGCACAGGUAACUGAGCGAAUUUGUACUUUACUCAAGCAUACAUUAAUAUGGCGAUGGAAAACCAACCCUUUUUUCUCAACACCUUUAGCCGAAGCCCGGACGAGCGGCGGGGACCUUGUGGAAGGAAAUUUGUGCUCGGUGAAGUAUAUUCAUAAGUUUUUACUUGGCGCAGUCGAGAUGAACGUUGCAGUAGGCCGACCGCAACUCAUUUUGGUACCAGGUUUUUAUAUCUAAGGGGAAAUGAGAUUCAAGAUUGGAAAGGGAAAGCUCAGCAAAGCUAAGCACUCCACUUGGUCUAUCGGGCAACUCCUAGCAUGAAGCUGAGCGUUAAGUCCUAAGCUUUGGAUUUCCAUUUUAGCCGACAGUCCUACCAGAAAUUUUGUUUUUCAAAUUUUCGGAAUGGGUACUCUGCUGGCGUACUGCAAGGUGGCACAACUCAUCCAACUACGGGUAGCAAGUGCAUAUCCUUGUCCAGUAGGAGCAACACUUUGAAGGUCGUGAUACGAUUGGUGGUGAGGAUCCGAGUGAAGUGUUAAGGGGUGAAGGUAGUCCUUAGGGAAUUGCGGCGGCUUCUCAAUAAGUAAUGUUAAUGCUAAUUUACUUUACUCAAGCAGCUAUAAAACAAAAUUUAAAAAUCGUGAACGAAAUAAGAGUCAUUCCUCAGCUAUUGACUAGAGAGCAGAUAAGGAACUAUGCACAUAUUUUCCAAGAUAUCAUUGAUUCAAAUGUUAGAAUGAUAGUUUUAGUCUUAAGUUCACCUUUAGUUGAUUAUGCUGCAGAACUUUUUUAUGACUUAGGCAUGAGAAGAGGUGACAUUAUGUUUUUUUCUGUUUUUCCUUCAUGAAUUUCUACAGUUGCAAAUAAAGAUGAUUAUACAUAUAAAAGGGUAGAAAUCGCUAUUCCUAUGAUAACAGCAUUUCAAGCACUUUUUGUAGGAGAAAAAGGAAAGAAAGUUCGUGAUGAACUAUACGAAACAUAUGGAAAUACUGAGCCUAAUUCUUAUUCUUGCUUAUAUUAUGAUGCUGGGUACUUGAUUGGCAAAGCUUUAGACUGAAGUAUAAAUCAAGGAAAUGAUUAUACCGAUCCUUAUAUCCUUCAAAACUCAAUAAGGGAUGUAAGAUUCACUGGAUGUAGUGGAAAUGUAUAUAUGCAGAAAGGAAGCAAUGAUGUGCUAUUAUCAAGUUUUAAAAUACAAUCAAAUUCUUAUAACAUUACCUCAGGAAUUUUAAAAAUUUUUUCUAUUGGAUUCCUCUCACCUACAAGUUUAAAUGUUCUGACAAUUGUAAAUCCGAUUGUGUAUGCAGAUGGAACUAAUGAUAAACCUACAGACUUUAGAGUAACUAGGACUAACUGUCCAUUUGACGAUAAAUUAAAAAGAUUAUUUAAUAAAGGCAGAGCUUUAGUAUUUGGGAUUUGCUUCUUUAUUGCAGUUUUAACAGCAAUCUCAACCUUUUUAAUAUGGAAGAAGUGAUGGGAUAUUGAAGUGAAAGAGCUUACAAAAAGAGAAGAAAUCUCAGUUGUGGAUGCUAUAGUUGGGAUUUCAAUUAUGGUCGAAUUUUUUCAAUUAAUUUUUAUGGGCCCGGAUAUUCGAACUCUCAGUCCUUUUCUUGCUGACAUUUGCAAUAUGUUAACCUUGGAUCUAAAAAGCUUUGCCAAACUUGAGAAUGGGGUAUUUUGGUGGUUUGCUACUGGAAUAAUAGUUCUAUGUUGGCUUUGGACUAUUUUCUGUUUUGAAAUCUUUUUCCAUUGAGACGAGAAGUUUAGACACAUCUGAUUCUUUAGAGCCUUACUCCCCCCUUCGUGAGUGAACAAAAAAAUCUUGUUCACUCACGGAGGGGGUUAUUUUUUUUUAAAAACAUUUAUAUAUAAAUUUUUUACAAAUUUUUAUUUUUCGAAUUUAAAAAAAUCUCACUUCUAUAAAAUUGGAAAGCAAAUAUUAAUUUAAUUUGCAAAAUUUGUAUUUUAAAACGCAACUUGUUUAAAAUUAAACAGAAUUGGCUCAAGAUUUCAUUAUAAUAAUUAUCGCUUAUAUAUCAAAAAUUUUUUUUCCAUAAAAAAAUUUUCCUAUUAAAAAUAGGGAUUUUUUAAUGGUUUUGCUCAAUCAAAGAGGGGGGAGUUAGGGGUUUUAGCUGAUCAUUCUAUGCCAGUAUUAGGAAAUUUAUGUUUUAUCCCAUUUAUAUCUUAACUUAACUUAAUUAUUCGGUAUUUAAGGUGUCUAGUGCCGCAGUCCCAAAAUGGAACUUUUAGCUAACUAGUGACGCCACGGAGCCAUCUUGGAUUCGCGGUGGUCAGCCCAACCGGCCAAGCCUUCUAUCGACGUUUCGUCCCUAGCCUCCGCACAUCUCACCCGGCGCGUUGCCGUCACUCUGCCUUGACUCAGCUCCUGCGCGUGCUUCGCCUAAAAGUCUUCUUCCCGUGGAGAAGUGCUGAGGGGUAAAAUUCCGAAAUCUUGAACGCACUGAGGAGCUGUUCCUUUGGUUAUCCCCAAAGUUAAACAGCUAUUGCUGUGCAGAAGUUCUCGAGAGAAAACCCAACCCCAUAAAUAAAAUUCCAUGAGGGAGAGAAAAUUAGCAGAGCUAAUUUCUCUCGAACCGAAUGCCAUUUUAUUUAUUAUCCCAUUUAUAUCAAAUUUUAUUAGAAGUUUUUAUAUGUGACCACUCCAUUGGAAAUAAUUUUACAGACAGCUACCUCUCUAUUGAUUGUUAUCAGUUUUGCUGAAAAGGAAAUCAUAUGAUUUAUGCUAUCUUAUCAGCAAUUUCAUUAAUUUGCUACGAGCCUUUCGCAAUUUUUUGCAGACCUCUUUGGCAAGAGUUUCAAUCAGCAUUGCACGUAAAAUCAUAUCCUCUGUAUUUGAUGGUAAAAACAGUUGUCCAGGUUGUUUUAAUUGUUUUAAAUAAAACUCUUAAGAGGUCAAGUGGCGUUACUCAUGGAUUUGUGUUUACUUUUUUUAUUGGCCUCUACGCGGUAUUUUUUUUGAAAUUCAGGGCCUAUAAUUACGGAAGGUACAACUUAUGGCUCCAAUUGAGCCUUAUUGGAAUUGCUUGGAUAUCUUGUUUGGCAACGAUAAAUAUGCUAAUAAAGCGCCAUAGUUUUCCAUGGAUUUCAUUGAUUUUAGGUGGAUGGUGUAUUCUAAUUUUCAUAAGGAUCCCCCUCAUUUGUCCAAUUUUCUAGUCUUUUAUCAUUUGUCCAUUUUUCUAGUUUUUUUUUAUAGGAAAAAAAAAUUUUUAGGAUCUCAUUUGUCAAAUUUUCUAGUCAAAAUUUUGAUAGAAAAAAAAACAUUUUAAGGGCCUCGAUUUUCUCAUUUUCUAGUUUUUUUGCAGUAAAAAGCUAAAAUUUAGGACAUUCGAAAAUCCAAAAAUUACUAGAAAAUGGGACAAAUGAGUCCUGAAAAUUAUUUUUUUAGAAAAAAAACUAGAAAAUUGGACAAAUGAGGGGGGGGAAUCCUUAGGAUUUAUAAUUCAAAAGAAGAAGUACCCAAAUUUAUUAUAUAGAAAGAAAGGGAAAGAUACCUCAACUUUAUUUAAGUUUGCCUUUACCUUUUGAAAGCAGUCACGAAUGCAUCGUUCAAAAAUUGAACUUCAAAAGCCAUAA